UUUUUUUGGCAGUGCUGUGGUUGAGGAAGUUCAGAUGUAUCUUGAUGUCUCUGCUGCUUCAUUUGUGCCUGCCAAUAUAAGGAACCCCCGCAACAGGCUAUGACAGAAGAAAUAACAUAUGCUAAUCUGAAAUUUGGAAACAGCUAUGAAGUGGGUAAUCUCACAGAGCCCGAAGACACUAAGGGAAAAGUAUCACGCUGCCACUUCAUGACCGAAUUCCUCCCAGGGCCUCCUCCUGCUUCAUCUCGCCCUCCCUGGCCAGUAGUCCUGAUUUUGGUGGUGCUGUGCCUGGCAUUGCUGGUGGCGCUGGUGACCCUCACCGUUCUGUUUUUCCAGGUUCCCAAGGUCUACAGGACACAACUCAAAGACCUCAACAUGACAAAGAAUGAGCUGCAUGCAAAUUUCUCAAAUAUGCUGCAAGCAAUAGGAAAUCAGCUGUGCUUGGAAGGGGACAAAAACCUUAAAAAUAAUGGCCAGAACUGUGUACUCUGCCCUGCAAACUGGAAGUGGGAAGGUGAUGAUAUGUGCUACUACCACUCCGAGCAAAAGAAGUCAUUCAAAGAGAGUCGCCAGUUUUGUUCCUCACAAAACUCCACUCUUCUUCUGAUAAAAGAGGCAGCAAAGCUGGAAUUGGUAAAAAAGUUUCAUAGAAAAAUAUACUGGCUUGGAUUAAGAUUUAGAGGUGGACAGAGAGACUGGUAUUGGGCAGACAACACAGUUCUUACGGAUAAACAAAAGUCUUGGGCAAACUAUCUACCCUCCCAUGACCUCUGUGGAUAUUUUUAUUAUAAUGCCAUAUAUAGCUCAUCAUGUACAGAAGAGCUUUACUAUAUCUGUGAAAAGCCCGCCAUCCAACUGCAGCGAGGUAACAACCGUUGGCAGGACGACUGGUUUGUCAGACCAAAAUGAUUAUGAGAAGCUAGAAGUCAUUCUGCAAGACUUGUGUAAAAGUAUCUUCAUGCUAAGGAAACAAGCCUGGUGAUGGGCUCCAGGAGCAACCCAAGUCUGUCGUUCCAGAUCCAAAACUGCCAGAUGAAUACUUGGUUUUAACCAACACAAGUGAUGGACAAAAUGGUCAGCAGUGAUGGCCAGAAAAAAAAGCACAGUGACAGGGCGAGCACGUAAAGAUGCUGCUCCUCUCUCAAGCAUCCAUUGGUACAGUCCUAAUUACCACUUGUCAGUUCAUAACUGUACAGCUGUAACAUAACGCAACUGCUGAGGAUUAAACACUUCCACUCGA